GGUACUUUCAGAUGUGAAUGAUGAGUCUGUUUGCAAUUGGACGAAGGUUCCUUCAUCUUUCAGUCAAGGCAAGUUUCAAUUCUCUGGCCUUACAGAAAGGUUUCUUUUUGAGGCGCCAAUUUGGAGACAUGUCUGAUCAAUCGUUCUGGAACAACUUUUAUGCGUGCCGCCAAGGUGAUAAAGUCUUCGAUUGGUUUGUGCAAUUUGAAGACGUUUGUGGACAUCUCCAGCCUCACCUACCCCCUGUUAGUGACAAGGACUUUACAAGGAUCUUAGAAAUUGGUUGUGGUACCUCUGAUUUCAGUUUAAAACUCUUUGAACACUUAAACCAUAAAUGCCGCAUCGAGUGUAUCGACUUUUCGCCAGAAGCGAUAAAAGCACUGAGGAAAGUAAUUCGUGAGCGAGGAUUUCUUGCCAAAAAGACACUCGAUGCGAAGGGGAGACUGGAAACUAACCUUGACCUUGACUGGACGGGAUUGGCGUGUCACAAGGCCGACGCUAAGAAUUUGCCGUUUAGAGAAGGAACGUUUUCAUUGGCUAUCGACAAGGGCACUUCUGAUGCAGUUUUAAAGGGACCCAAUGGAGAAAGUGCCUUUUUAGAAGUCGUGGGGGAAUGCCUACGCGUCUUGAAGCCACAUGGAAAACUAGUUCAAUUUUCAGACGAACCUCCCGAAUUGCGUUUAAAUGCAUUAGAAAAAGUCCAACGCGAAUUACCUCAAGCAGGCUUCACCACAUCUAAGAGCUUCAAGAUACGAAUUUCCUGGCGAGAACUGGAUGUACACUCUGGUUUUCAACACUUUCUGUAUGUUGUACACAAAGUAAACGCGGCAUAAAAAUGGUGGGAGCGGGUAGUUGAUUUGUUGAGGUUACUGCAAAGAACAAGUCUUGUACAUAGUGAUUUCAAUGGUAAAUCACUACUGACAUUCUCAAUUUCGCGAAGACAGAAGCAUACAUUACUUUCUUUAUAAUUAAUGAUAUGUCCCUCUCCUUGUGGUUCAGACAUUGUUAAAAUGUAUCAGCUAUGCACAAUAAACAUGGAACACAAAGAAAAGAGACCUCAGGGCCUAGUUCCUAGGCUCCUUAUUAAGUCGCGGUCAGAUCAAUGGGGUAUGAUGCGGUCAUUCCGUUAAAUGACGUCACAAAAUACAGUCGUUACCUAGUGUGCUGGUUCUGUCCUUCGGAUUGCGAGAAUCUGAAUGUAAAACACUGAGGCGCGUUGAAAUUUGAAGAAGAAAUACGUCAAGAGACUUGAAAGUUUGGAAUGAAUUGCCCGAAACAUUCGAAGCCGAAGUAGACGGACUCGCUGACUUAGAGAGAAACCAACGGUCUUUCCGAAGUUAUGAUGCCUACGGACCUAUAAGGAGGUCGAACAUUCAGCGUCACAUUCCAGACCAGAAUGACGAAAAUGUUUGCGUGCCAGCGUGCGCGCACGGCGGAACAUGUGUCAACAAAACGUGCGUCUGCCCCGCCGGGUGGACUGGAAUCGAUUGCACGCAGGGUGGGUUGGAAUAACGUGUUUUUAAAUUUAUAUUUUUUAUUUUCAUUUUUUUAUCUUGAAGUAACGAUCGCCGUCAAAGGAGUUAAGAUGAUUUAAAGACGGAUGUAAACGCUACAACUUUGCCGUUCAAGUGUGACAGGCUUCCGACAAGUGUCCGUUGCAAAUUGCUUCAUUUAAAUCAAACCAACAAGUUGCGAGACAUUAUCGGCUGAUGUACCUCUUUUUCUGUCAAAUUAACAAAUUGACGCCAGUUUUUUAUGCGUCUGUCCUCUU